AUGAGCCGUGAACCGGCGCCUCCGCAGGGUUCAGGCUCUACAAGCUCACAGGCAGAUACACCUGACUAUUUUCAGCUUCCCGAAAAGGUCGCACAGGAUGCGGUUCCCUCCCUGUCGCCGGAUCAUCCAUGGGCCCAGGUCAUUUCGUCCCACGGUCAGUCCCAGGCUAUCUUGCCAUUACAUACACUAGGUCUUCCGAAUAAGCAUCUGGAAGAACGUGCCUCUACAUCAAAGAAGCCGUUUCCGACUUCCCCGGGAGUUUUAUCUUUGCCCAACUUUAAAGCACCAGCGUUUUUGCCCGUACCGACGCCAGCUAAUGAUGAUCGAUACCGUAUGAUUACACCGGAAACUCUCUAUGAUUUGAUGCGAAUGCGAUCCCCUGAAGGAAUUGUUCCGCCAAAGCAUGUUCUUGUUCUAGAUAUCCGUCCCCCUACCUCCUUUGCCCGGUGUCAUAUAAAAGGCAGUGUGAAUGUUUGCGCUCCAACCACUCUUUUACGCCGUCCGGAAUUCACCAUUGAACGUAUCGAGGAUCAAAUUCUCUCUAGUGGUACGAUGGAUGAUAACUUUCGCAAUUGGAGGACUUAUACGAAGGAGAAUGCGCCUCAGAGCUGGAUUGUCGUAUUAGAUAUGGAUUCUACAAAAACAACAUCGAUGGGCCGAUCCAGUGCUGGUGGUGGGGGUGCAUCUCUGUUAGGACUGCUGCGAAAGUUUGAAUCAGCGGGGUACAAGGGCCAACUUUGCUGGGUUACGGGUGGCUUUGUGUCGUACAGUCGGUGGCCUCCUGCGGCGGACGAUAUUGAGUGGGCAUCUACCCAGAAGGAUUCAAACCAUGCGAUCUCUUUGGUGCCAACAAAUACGAUGAAGCGACCCAGUUUGAGUCUUUCGAUGCCGUCUCAAGGGCCAAUGCUUGCUCUCUCUGACUGCAUGGGCAAUUCCGCGGCGCAUGCAGCAAAUCCAUUCUUCGAUAAUAUCCGGCAAAACUUGGAACUGUCAUGUGGCAUCACAGAUAUCGUUCCCUUGGAGCUUUCGCUAUCUGAGUCGCAACUUAAUCGUUUGCCCCGGUUUUUGCGAGACUUGGCCAUUAUGGACGACCAAAUACGGGCCAAGUACUUGGCAGAGAGGUUUUUUGAAAUCGAGAAAGGGGAACAACUUCGUAUGCAAAGCGUCAUGCAACGGCAUGCUUUUGAAUCCUCGACGAACAGCUCCGUCCAUCCCCCUGAUGUGCCAAUUUCCAGCCGUGCAGUCUACCCGAAAUCGCCGACAGAGCACUCCGUACCGCCCGGUGCCUUUCCUCUAAGCAUCACCGCGGCCAUUGAGCGAGGAAAUGAUCAUCGAUACCGAAAUUUUUGGACCUUUGAGCACAGUCGCGUAACGCUUGAGAAGCAACCCAACCAAUCAAGGUACAUCAAUGCAUCCUUUAUCAAUCCACUUAGAUAUAUGGGUGGACACGAUGUGUAUAUUGCCACACAGGCACCGUUACCUAGCACUUUCAGUGUAUUUUGGAGUGUCAUAUGGGAAUACGAUAUCCAUACUAUCGUGAUGCUUGCUCGCGAACAAGAGGCAGGUCGUAUUAAAUGCGAUAACUACUGGGACAAACCUACCGCUGAGCCAUUCCGGGUAACUGUGCUGGAGCGAAAAACUGUGUCUUCGAAAGAACUCCAAUCAUUCAACAAGCCGACAGAUGCCAUGGAUAAUGCUGCAGAUGUGAUUGUUAUUCAGCGCACCUUGCAAGUCUGCAAUCUGACCGAACCUGAUACACCUCCUCGUCAUAUUACGCAUUACCAAUAUAUGGCGUGGCCUGACCACAGUGUUCCUGAUUCACCUAUUGACUUGCUUGCGCUCAAAAAACGUGUUGAUGAAAAGAGAUCAGAUCAUUCAGAUCCUAUUGUCGUGCACUGCUCCGCGGGCAUUGGCCGCACUGGUGCCUACAUCAUGAUUGACGCGGUGAGCUCGUUCCUUCGACAUGUGCGAUCCUCACUUGCUUGUAAAGGUGAGCACUCAGUUAUACCAUCUCGUCAUGAAUGCUGGGAUUCUCCAAAAGAUCUUAUCUACGAGGCUACGAUGGUUAUGCGCGAGCAGCGUAUGAGUAUGAUUGAGACCGUUCGCCAGUAUGUGUUUGUCUACAAGGCCGUCAUAGCGGCACUUUUGGCGGACCCUGUACCAUAG